AUGAACGCUAGUGGCCCAGGAUAUCCGUUAGCCUCUCUCUAUGUUGGCGAUUUACAUCCAGAUGUGACUGAAGCCAUGUUGUAUGAGAAAUUUUCGCCUGCUGGACCCAUCAUGUCUAUCAGAGUUUGUCGAGAUGUUGCCACACGCCGAUCUCUGGGUUACGCAUAUAUAAAUUUUCAGCAGCCUGCUGAUGCUGAGCGGGCCUUGGAUACCAUGAAUUUUGAAGUGAUCAAAGGUCGGCCCAUUCGCAUUAUGUGGUCCCAGCGAGACCCAGGACUCAGAAAAUCGGGUGUUGGAAACAUCUUCAUCAAGAAUCUGGAUGAUUCCAUUGAUAACAAAGCCCUGUAUGACACAUUUUCAGCUUUUGGGAAUAUCCUUUCUUGUAAGGUUGUUUGUGAUGAGAAUGGAUCCCGGGGUUAUGGCUUCGUUCAUUUUGAGACUCAUGAGGCAGCAAACAGAGCAAUUGGCAUAAUGAAUGGGAUGCUUCUCAAUGACCGUAAGGUGUUUGUUGGCCACUUUAAAUCUCGGCGGGAGCGGGAGGCAGAAUAUGGAGCCCGGGCAAUGGAAUUCACCAAUGUCUACAUCAAGAACUUUGGAGACGACAUGAAUGAUGAGAGGCUGCAGGAAAUAUUUUCAGAAUUUGGGAAGACGCUGAGUGUCAAGGUCAUGGUGGAUAACGCAGGCCGCUCGAAAGGGUUUGGGUUUGUCAACUUCGAGAAGCAUCAAGAUGCUCAGAAGGCUGUUGAUGACAUGAAUGGGAAGGAAAUCAAUGGCCGAAUAGUGUAUGUUGGCAGAGCUCAGAAGAGGAUAGAACGUCAGAGUGAACUGAAGCGCAAAUUUGAGCAAAUCAAGCAGGAAAGAGUAAACAGAUACCAGGGAGUCAACUUGUAUGUAAAGAACCUGGAUGAUGGGAUUGACGAUGAGCGGCUGAGGAAGGAAUUCUCUCCGUAUGGAACCAUCACUAGCGCCAAGGUGAUGACGGAGGGUGGACACAGCAAAGGUUUUGGGUUUGUAUGUUUUUCCUCCCCAGAAGAGGCUACAAAGGCUGUGACUGAAAUGAAUGGGAGGAUAGUCAGCACCAAGCCUUUGUAUGUCGCCCUGGCCCAGAGGAAAGAGGAACGCAAAGCCAUUCUCACCAACCAGUACAUGCAGAGGUUGGCUACCAUGAGGGCCUUGCCUGGCCCACUCCUCUGCUCCUUCCAGCCGCCUCCCGGCUACUUCCUACCCUCCAUUCCACAGCCACAAACCAGAACUACUUUCUACAGUCCUAGCCCCGUGGCUCCAGUCCGUCCUGCCCCCCGUUGGAAUGCUCAACCCUCCAGGCCUCCCACAUCCUAUCAUUCAGCCAGCCCGAUCCUGAGAACUAGCGCACCUCCUAGGCGCCUGCUGUCCAACGUCAGCACGAUGAGGCAAGCAUCUACUCAAGUCCCCAGGGUACUGCCCAAUGCCCAGAGAGUAGCCAACAUAGGGACUCAGACGGUCAGCGUUCGGGCACCCUCCUCUCCGACCUUCUCACGUGGCAUCUCGCAGUACAAAUACUCUUCAGCAGUAAGGAACAUCCAGCCCUUAAGCUCAGUAACACCCAUACCAAUGCAGCAGGUUGUAGAACCAGCUGUUCACAUCAAUGGGCAGGAGCCACUGACAGCAUCCAUACUAGCUGCAGCCUCUCCUCAAGAGCAGAAACAAAUGCUUGGUGAACGUCUCUACCCUCUAAUUCAGGCAAUGCACCCCUCCAUGGCUGGGAAGAUCACGGGCAUGCUGCUGGAGAUAGAUAACUCUGAGCUGUUGCUUAUGCUGGAGUCAUCAGAGUCUCUUCACUCUAAGACUGAGGAAGCGGUUGCUGUACUGCAAGCGCACCAGAUCUCUGAAGUAUCCCGUAAGAGUGGCUCAGCAGCAUUCCUCCAGUGACCAAGAAAAAAGAAAGUGGACCACCCUGCUGAAGAGCGUGACGCACCAAGGCAGAAAUGCUUCCUCUAUAAUGUCAAAGUAUUUAUUUUGCUUUUGCCUAUGUGUAUAAUCCAGUUCUUUAUGCAAAAAUCUAGCCCUAUUUAAAUUACACUUUCUUUUGUGCACUUAAGAUCCAUUGCAAUUUUCUUUCCCACAAACAUUGUACUUACGUUUAAAAUAUAUACAUGUAUAAUAUUCACAUGAGUGCUCUUCUAGCAACUUUAGGAGGUGGGGGACAUAUUGUGGCAAUGUAAUAAGAGAAUGAAGUGGAACAAUAUGGUUCCAUUUAUAUAUUUUUUCCAAAAGUUAAUUUCUCAGUACUAGUCAUUUUUAGUAGCCUUAAUUAUAAAACACUACUGGGGCCUGUAACAAUGUUUUAUUUGUUCCUGCUGUUGACCUGAUAAAGAGCUGAAGCUUCACUUCAUCAACCCUCGUGUCCUUUUCUAGAUGUGUUUCUUCACUGUCCACUGUAUAACUGCAAGCCGAUGCAUGUUUUGACAGGAAAAAAUGUCCUUCAACUCCCAGCACUCCCCAGUCAGCCAUACUGGCUGGGCCAUGCUGGGAGCUG